AUGAAAGCUAAUUUGUGCAACUUAGACUUGCUAUUAUCAUUUUGUACCAUGUUUCUAAAAGAAAGUGAAAAAUACUUUCUUGAUACUAUUGAUGCUGAAAUAAGAUUCAUUGGUAAUAUUCUUUCAGUAAACACUUUUAAAACCAUCAAAUCAAAUCAAAUGCAUCAGAUGAAUGUAAUUUGUUUAAAAAAUGCAUGUAACAAUUAUGAAAAAGAGGAAUUAAUUCAUAACCAAUACAAUACAACCACCAAUGACCUAACAGUAACAGCAAAGUAA